AUGGAGUACCUGUCCAGAAUGCUUAACAGUGCGUGCUCUGCUGAGAGGUUUAAGUUCCACCCUAGAUGUAGGAAGCUUAAACUCAACCAUCUCUGUUUUACUGAUGACCUUAUGAUGUUCUCAAAAGGCGACAUAGAUUCUAUUCGUGUCUUAUGCCAAUACCUGGAUAAGUUUGCAUCUACCUCAGGCUUGCAUGCUAACAAGAACAAGUCUGCCAUAUACAUUGCUGGAUUGCCUUUGGAAGUGAGAGAAGACAUUGCACUCCAAAUGAGCUUCCCAUUGGGUAAUCUUUCGUUUAGGUAUCUAGGGAUCCCCCUGACUUCUAAGAAAAUCUCUGCAACAGACUAUGAUGUCCUAAUAGACAAGAUGACUGCUAGACUACGCUUGUGGAAAAUAAAUAGUAUUUGCAGGCCUUUCUUGUGGCAUGGUGAUGUUACAAAGAGCUCUGGAGGUAACGUGAGCUGGUCUAAGAUAUGCCAACCGAAGAGUUGUGGUGGCCUAGGAAUCCCAAACCUUGAUAUAUGGAACUUGGUGGUUGUGUGUAAGCUUGCCUGGCAUAUCAGUUCAAUGCAGGAGUCCCUCUGGGUCAAAUGGGUUUAUGAAGUCUAUACGAAAGGUGCUGAUUGGAUGCUCUUCAACCCUCCCAUAACGGCUAGCUGGGUUUUGAAGAGGCUUUGCUCUGUAAAACUUCAAUUGAGUGAGUGGAUGUGCAAGCAGAAAUACCAGAUCCAUGAGGUGUAUACACACCACCUUGAUACAUCCCCUAGAGUCCGAUGGGACAAGUUUGUUUGGAAUCGAGCCUAUAUUCCUAGAGAGCGCUAUAUCAUGUGGCUUGCUAUGUCCAAAAGCCUCAGAACUAGGGAUAAGUUGGUUCAAAUGGGUGUCAUUAAUGAGAACUUUAUGGAGCAGUGGCUGGCUAUUCGAAUCCAAUAUGAUCUUCACAGACUUGCUUCCAAGAAAUGGAAGGGACCUAGAUUUCGUAGAACUCUGAUGCUCACCAGUAUUUGUAGCCUUACCUAUAUGGUAUGGCGAACCCGAAAUGAAGCUAUUUGGAUGAUGAGUAUGAGCACUGUUGCUGUUGUCACUAAAAGGAUCCUCCAGGAAGUGAGGAUUCGGCUCAUGAGUUUGUACCCAUUAGAGAGUUGUCAAACUUGGUUUAGAAGACUCUUUGAUGUCUAA